CAGUCCCUGCUAACGAGCGCCAAUAUCAGCUGAAUAACUUACUUAGGCCAUAAUUUUUGCUUUGCACCGGCCCCCGGUGGAGAUGGCUUCCGAAGGGGAAGAAGAUUCCGACGCGGACGUUGGUUUCGAAGCCGACAUGGAAGCCCUAAGAAGGGCCUGCCUAUGGACCGGAACUAGUCCCUACCAAGCAGGAGGCGAUUCCUCAGCCCGUCCCGCGGCGGCUGCCAGUGUCCCAUCCUCCCCUGAAGCCGAUGAAGGAGUGGACGAUAUUGAGCUGGUUCGUGAUUUAGAGAAACGGUUUGAGCUUUCGGCGGAGGUUCAAGUGCCUCUGGAUGUUGAAGCUUUAUGCUCGGUUUUCCCCACUGCGUCCGAUGGUAGGGAUGACUGCGAAGAUGAUCUGGAAGCGCUCCGUGCUAUUCAGAGACGAUUCGCGUCAUAUAAUGACGAUAAUGCAAAAGAAGAUUUGGAUAAGAAGUUGCAUAAGCCUGUGCAGAUGGACAUAACAUGGAACAAUAGUAGCACAGAAAAUGAAUCUUGCUUGUUACCUGGAAGCUCUAAUUUCCCUCAAUCAGCACAAGCUUUUGUGGAUGCAAUAAAGAAGAACCGGGCUUUCCAGAAAGUUAUUCGAAGCAAAAUACUUCACAUUGAAGCAAAGAUUGAAGAGUUAAAAAAACUCAAGGGCCGGGUUAAAAUCUUCAGGGAUUUUCAGGCUGCUUGCAGAAAGAGGACUGGUCAUGCCUUGGCACAAAAAAAGGAUGCACGGGUCCAGUUGAUAUCUCUAUCAAGACAAAAGGUUAAUCCAAAGUCAAAAGAGAGAAAGUGUUCUGCUUUGUAUUAUCCACCACCUGAGAAUUCUGUAGUUACUAGUUACAGAGAAGCAUUGUUGAAGUUUCCUGUGUCUGUAAAUCGAGAACGGUGGUCAAAAGAAGAAAGGGAGAAUCUUUUGAAAGGCGUGAAACAACAAUUCCAGGAAACUAUGUUUCGUCGCUCAAUUGAUCUAAGAAGUGACAUGUAUGAAUCUUCUGGAGAUUUGACUGAUAUUGACAACAAUAUUUCGUCCAUAAAGGACCUUGAUAUUACCCCUGAAAUGAUGAGGUUGUUUCUACCCAAGGUCAAUUGGGAUCGUUUGGCUUCCAUGUACAUUCCCAAACGUACUGGUCUUGAAUGUCAAACAAGAUGGUUAAACUGGGAAGACCCCUUAAUCAAUCAGGAACCUUGGUCGGAUAAUAAUGUGGAGGAUAAGAACCUUUUGAAUAUUGUUCAUCAAAAGGGGCUCAGUAACUGGAUUGAUAUUGCAAUAUCCUUGGGAAGUAACAGGACUCCAUUUCAGUGUUUAACACGCUAUCAAAGGAGUUUAAAUGCUACAAUUAUUAAAAGUGAGUGGACUGAGGAGGAAGAUGAUAAACUGAGAGAGGCUGUGGAAGCUUUUGGUGAUAGUAAUUGGCAGGCUGUUGCUGCUACCCUCAUAGAGCGGACAGGUACCCAGUGCUCCAAUAGAUGGAUUAAAACCCUUAACCCUGCUCGGGAGAGGGCUGGGAAAUGGACUGCCGAUGAAGAUAAACGCUUGAAAGUUGCUGUAAUGCUUUUUGGGCAAAAAUCUUGGAAGAAGCUAGCUGAGAAUGUACCUGGGCGUACUCAUGUGCAGUGUAGGGAAAGAUGGGUCAACUGCUUAGAUCCUGCAUUGAAUUUAAAUAAAUGGACUGAAGAAGAGGAUUUGAAGCUGGCAGCUGCAAUUGAGGAACAUGGAUAUUCAUGGUCGAAGGUUGCUACCUGUGUUGCCCCACGCACUGAUAGUCAGUGUAGGAGGCGAUGGAAGGUGCUAUAUCCACAUCAAGUUCCUUUGCUGCAAGAAGCUAGAAAUAUACAAAAGGCUGCAUUCAUAUCCAACUUUGUCGAAAGGGAGACUGAACGACCUUCCCUUACACCGAUUGACUUUGCUCAAGUACCAUUACUCCUAAAUGUAUCUCGAUCUGAAAAUUUCGGGAAAUGGAAGAUAGGACCAAAGUAUGACAUAGCACCAAGGAAAAUGUCUUCACAUUCUCCAAGAACAGUUAAUCUCAUGGAUGUUGCGAAUCGCGGAGAUAGUAUCACUAUAAAUAAAAGUAAAAGGAGCAAGCGGAAGCUAAAAAGAAAAAUGUGCACUGACCAUGAAUCAGAGGGACCACCAGCGGUGGGUGUUGCUAAGAGGAAAAGGAAGACUUCUAAAUUGCCUUCCAGAAAGAAAGGAAAACACGGACAUUAUGAAAAUGCUCCAGAGCUUUCUGCUAGCGAUGAGGUUGAGACAACAUUUGGAGAGGGUAUUACAUUUAAGAAAUCUACUGUGGGGGGAACGGGGUUGGACUUCAGGAACAACAAUGAUGCAAACCAAAACUCUUCACCUUGUUCACGUGGCCGGAAAACUAUCAAGUCUUCUUCUAAGAAAGGUAGAAUACCUUGUUCAAGAAAAAAAUGUAAUGAUCCAUCUCUUGGCCAAGGUCAUCAUCCCUUACCUACUUCAUCAUCAUAUAUUAGCAAAGGCAAAUAUACUGUUGAUGAUGGGGGUGGAAAAGAUUGGGAAAAUGCUUGCCCGCAUAAUGGGCAACGUGCUUUACAAAAAUUAUCUGGAAGCCUCGAAAAUGGAUUACCGGGGGAGCGAUAUAAUUAUUCUUCACUGUCCUGUGAAUCUAAUACUUGCAUAAAGUCUUGUGAUAGAUUGGAAGAUGAAAUGCCUCUGGCUCAGUUUAUCAAUAAAGUGAAGAGAAGAAGGCUCGAUCCUGCUGCCAUCAUCAGAGGAUGAACUUGCAUUUUGUUCAACUUUUCAAUUUAAUGAGAAAGCAAGGGAUCGAGGCUCGAGCCUUAUAAAUGGUAACCGUUGCAAAACCCGCACUAGAUAUUGUUGAGUAUACGUUAUUUUUUGUUUGCCGUCUUUUGUAAGGCUGGCAGGCCUGAUGUUACACUAAUGAGUUUCAGUUCUCAAUCAGUUGUAUAGGGAUACAUUUUUGACACACAUCUUUUGGUUGGCAAGUGUGUUGAGUGGGGGUGUUAAUGUCUAUGUUGUGCCAUGCUGUUUUUGGCUGUAUUUCUAGUUUAGG